CACCACUCUCGGUCUUCCUUGCUCGGCGGUGACCUUGUGUUCUCGGAGAUGAGGAGCUCCAUGGCUCUCUUAGUGGCGGCGCUGCUACUGCUGCUGUCGGUGGCCGCGGCGGCGGACAUGUCGAGGAGCGAGGAGGAGAUGCGCCGGAUGCACGCCGAGUGGAUGGCGGAGCACGGCAGGGUCUACAACGCCACCGGAGAGGGGAAGCGACGGUUUGAGGUGUUCAGGGACAACCUCCGCGACAUCGACCAGCACAACGCUGCCGCCGACGCCGGGGUCCACUCCUUCCGCCUCGGACUCAACCCCUUCUCCGACCUUACCUACGAGGAGUUCCAAAGCAGGUAUCUCGGCGCCCAGACCAAGCCGCAGAGGGAGCGGAAGCUCAGUGUCAGUUUACAGGCCGAAGUCAACGUGGAGCUAGCGGAGUCUGUCGACUGGAGGAAGAAGGGGGCCGUUGGUCCUGUCAAGAACCAGGGCUCUUGCUCGAGCGCCUGGGCUUUCGCAGCAACAGCAACUAUUGAAGGCAUCAACCAGAUCGUUACCGGCGACAUGAUCCCUCUGUCUGCGCAAGAGCUUCUUGACUGUACUAGCAGAUACGGCAACGACGGAUGCGAUGGAGGUCUGGCGCUCCAUGCCUUUGAGUUCAUCAUUCACAAUCGUGGCAUCGCCUCUGAGGAGGACUACCCCUACCAGGCUUCGCAAAAUCGUUGCGAUCCUGAAAAGCAAAAAUCAAGGGUUGUUACCAUUGAUGGAUACGAGAAUGUACCCAGUAAUAGUGAGAAGAGUCUGCAGAAGGCAGUUGCAAAUCAGCCAAUCGUUGCCAUGAUUAUGGUUUCUGACUCAUUCGCGAGCUACGCCGGAGGUAUCUUCAACGGAGAUUGUGAAUUCAAAGGAUCCGUUAACCAUGAAGUCGUCGUCAUUGGCUAUGGUACAGGGGACGGCAAUGACUACUGGAUUGUUAGGAACUCAUGGGGUGCUUCGUGGGGUGAGAAUGGUUACAUCCGGAUGAAGCGUAACAUCGAAGCAAGCAGUGGAAUGUGUGGUAUUGCCUUCCAUCCUUACUACCCCCGGAAGGCGGCCAAGAUCCUGCCGUGAACAUGCCCGAAGUUAACUGAAAACUCAACACUUUUAUUGUUCCCGCGCUUCUGAGGUCACCGUUGAGGCUCAUCCUGCAUCGGAUGGCACUCAAGUCUUUGUACCCCUUCGUUGCUGAGCUUCGUCAUCGACCGUUAAUCUUCAAUCGGAAGCUUCACAAGCUCUAGGACGUCGUUGUUCAAUGUCCGACAUGCCUUGCUUGUUUUACUUUUGCUUUUCCACCUGCUCCUGUAGUGUAAUAAUGGAUAUAAAGCCCCUUUUCCCUUUUCAUUUCGGGGGCAUAAUAAUGUUGAAUUGGGUAAAACCGUAGCCACCCAUGGCAUGCGUUACCUUCUGUUCUUCCACCCCAAGCAAUAGAGCACCCUGAA